AUGUAUACAGAAUCAACGAGUUUUGUCAGAACUCCUGCUGGAGACACCGAAAAAUUCAAGAUAAAAGUUGGAGUCCACCAAGGAAGCGCACUAUCACCACUCCUAUUCAUUCUGGUAAUUAAUUCAGCCACGCAAAACAUCCAAAAACCAUCCCCCUGGUGCACACUAUACGCUGACGAUGUCAUGCUCGCCGCAAAAACUAGAAAAGAUCUUGAAGCUGAAGUGAAGAUUUGGAAAGACAGCUUGGAAAGUUGCGGGCUGAAGCUAAACAUGAAGAAAACGGAGUACAUGGAAAUGGGCGAGCAAACGGAUGGAUCAGUCAGUAUAGAUGGCGCUGAACUCCCAAAAACCAGAACCUUCAAAUACCUCGGAUCCACAAUGAACAAUGAAGGAUCCAUGGAAGACGAAGUUAAAGCCCGAGUAUCAUCCACAUGGCUCAAAUGGAAAUCGUGUUCGGGAUUCAUGUGUGACAAGAAGAUCAAACCGCACAUAAAGGGGAGAUUCUACAAGGCUGCAAUUCGACCAGUGGCCCUCUACGGAUGCGAAACGUGGCCAACCUCAAAGAAUACUGAACAGAAAAUCGCAACGACUGAAAUGAGAAUCCUCAGGUGGAGCAACGGAUUUACGCUGCUGGACAAGAAGAAAAACGAGGAUGUUCUGGAAAUGGUGGCAGUCCGAAAAAUUCGAGAUAAGAUGGAAGAAAGCAGAUUGAGAUGGUUUGGACACGUGAGAAGAGCGGAAGCAGAUUCAGUGAUCAGAUUGGCAGAAGCCUAUGAAUGCGAAGGAAAACGAGGCCGCGGAAAACCCAAACUGCGAUAUAAGGAUACUAUAAACAAUGAUAUGAGAACCAACAAAAUAUCAGAAACCGAUGCAAUGGACCGUAUAAAAUGGAGACAGUUGAUCAAAAGAGCAGACCCCAAACCGGGAAAUAUGCCAAGAUGA